GACCGGGCCGUGUGUGUGUGUGAGUGUGAGUGUGUGUGUGUGUGUGUGUGAGUGAGUGUGUGUGUGUGUGUGUUGAUGCUCCGGACGUGGACGGUGUCCUGGCCAUGGCGCUGUGGCGGGUCCGGUCCCUGCCCGCGCUGAUCCGUGCGGUGUGUGUGCUGUGUGUGUGUGUGUGUGCGCUGCUCGCGCUUCCCGCCGCUCCGUGUCCGAGCCGCUGUCUGUGUUUCCGCUCAACCGUCAGAUGUAUGCACUUAAACCUGGAGUCGGUCCCGAGUGUGUCCGCGCUCACCACCAUCCUAGAUCUGAGGUUUAAUAAAAUUAAAGACCUGCAGCCGGGCGCGUUCAGGAGACUGAGGAACCUCAACACACUCCUUUUAAACAACAAUCUCAUCAGAAGAAUCCCGAAAGGAACUUUCGAGGACUUGGAGAACCUGAAAUAUCUCUAUUUGUACAAGAAUGAAAUCCAGUCGAUAGACCGACAAGCAUUCAAGGGACUCGUCUCUCUGGAACAGCUAUAUCUCCAUUUUAACAACAUCGAAGCGUUAGAACCCGAGUCCUUCACUCACUUGCCCAAACUGGAACGGCUGUUUUUGCACAACAACAGAAUAACACACCUUUCACUGGGGACUUUCUCCCAUCUGCAGUCCAUGAAGAGACUGCGUCUCGACUCAAACACACUGAAUUGUGAUUGUGAGCUGUUGUGGCUGGCAGACCUGCUGAAGCAGUACGCCGAGUCUGGCAAUGCCCAGGCUGCUGCCACGUGUGAACACCCCAACCGCCUGCAGGGCCGAUCUGUGGCCACUUUAACUGCAGAGGAGCUCAACUGUGAGGUUCCUCGUAUCACGUCCGAGCCACGGGAUGUAGACGUGACCUCAGGGAACACUGUGUACUUCAUGUGCAGGGCAGAGGGCAACCCCAAACCCCAGAUCAUCUGGCUGAGGAACAACAACGCCCUUAACAUGCAAGAUGACUCGCGUCUAAAUCUUCUGGAAGACGGGACGCUGAUGAUUCAGGACACCAGGGAGACGGACCAGGGCGUGUACCAGUGCAUGGCCAAGAACGUGGCCGGAGAGGUCAAAACAGGAGAGGUCACGCUGCGCUACUUUGGCACGUCAUCUCGGCCUAGUUUUGUGAUCCAGCCCCAGAACACGGAGGUGCUGGUGGGAGAGAGCGUGACUCUGGAGUGCAGCGCCGCGGGACAGCCUCACCCCCGCGUGACGUGGACGAGAGCAGACCGCAGCCCUCUACCCAGCGAUCCUCGCGUCAGCAUCACACCCUCAGGAGGACUUUACAUCCAGAAUGUCCACCAGGAGGACGGGGGCCAGUACACCUGCUACGCCAGCAAUAAUGUGGACACCAUCCACGCCACUGCACACAUCAUAGUGCAAGCUGUUCCUCAGUUCACAGUCACCCCGCAGGACCAGACGGUGUUAGAAGGUCACACGGUGGAUUUCCUCUGUGAAGCUACAGGCAACCCUCAGCCCUUCAUAGCCUGGACGCGCAGCGGGAGUCCUCUCCAUGUUGAUGGACGCCACGCUGUCCUGUCCACCGGCACACUGCGUAUCUCUCGAGUGGCGCCUCAUGACCAGGGUCAGUACGAGUGCCAGGCUGUUAACCCUGUUGGAUCUGUUAGAGCAGCCGUGCAACUUAACAUCCAACAGAGAGUGACGCCUGUUUUCACCAAUGCUCCGAGGGACAUGACCGUAGAGUCCGGUAAUGACGCCCAGAUUCCGUGCAGCGCUCAUGGAGAACCCUCGCCUGUCAUCACCUGGAACAAGGACGGUGUUCAGGUGACAGAGAGUGGGAAGUUUCACAUUAACCCUGACGGUUAUCUGGAGGUGAAUGAUGUGGGUCUUGCUGAUGCCGGGCGUUAUGAGUGUGUUGCUCGUAACUCUAUCGGAUACUUAUCGGUUAGCAUGGUGCUAACUGUACAAGUACCGCAGGUGAGCAGAGAGGGAGAUCCGUUCGUCUCGACGUCUCUCGAGGAGGCCAUCCGUAGUGUGGACAGCGCCAUAGACUCCACCAGGAGGCACCUCUUCGACGGCUCGCCUCGCACUCCCGGUGAGCUGCUGGCGUUGUUCCGCUACCCUCGUGACCCUUACACGGUGGAACAGGCCAGAGCCGGAGAGAUCUUUGAGCAAACUCUUCUCCUUAUCCAGCGGCACGUCAACCAGGGCCUGAUGGUGGACACCAAUGGGACAGCUUUCCGUUACAAUGACCUCGUGUCGCCGCGAUUCUUGGAUACGAUCGCAAACCUUUCCGGCUGCACGGCUCACCGCCGCUACAACAACUGCUCCGAUAUCUGUUUUCAUCAAAAAUACCGCAGCCAUGACGGCACGUGCAACAACCUGCAGCACCCCAUGUGGGGCGCCUCGCUCACUGCCUUCGAACGGCUGUUAAAGUCCGUCUACGACAACGGCUUCAACUUGCCACGCGGUGCCACAGAGAGACGACACAAUGGCUUCCCUCUGCCUCUGCCCCGCCUCGUUUCCACCACCAUGAUAGGCACUGAAACGAUCACGCCUGACGACAGGUACACACACAUGCUCAUGCAGUGGGGCCAGUUCCUGGAUCAUGACCUAGACUCCACCGUAGUGUCACUCAGUCAGUCCCGUUUCUCAGAUGGCCAGCUGUGUACGUCAGUCUGUACCAACGACCCACCCUGCUUCCCUGUCAUGUUCCCGCCUAACGAUCCACGGCAGCGCCGGAGUGGAGCCCGUUGCAUGUUCUUUGUUCGCUCGAGCCCGGUGUGCGGCAGUGGAAUGACAUCACUGCUCAUGAACUCCGUCUACCCUCGCGAGCAGAUGAACCAGCUGACGUCCUACAUCGAUGCCUCCAAUGUGUACGGCAGCUCGCAUCACGAAUCGGAGGAGAUCAGAGACCUGGCAGGGCACCGGGGCAUGCUGCGGCAGGGCAUUGUACAGCGCACGGGAAAGCCGCUCCUCCCCUUCGCCAGCGGGCCGCCCACAGAGUGCAUGCGUGACGAGAACGAGAGCCCCAUCCCGUGCUUCCUGGCCGGGGAUCACCGUGCCAACGAGCAGUUGGGUCUCACAGCCAUGCACACGGUGUGGUUCCGUGAGCAUAACCGCAUCGCCAGGGAGCUGCUGCGCCUCAAUCCACACUGGGAUGGAGACACCAUCUACCACGAGGCACGCAAGAUAGUGGGUGCGCAGAUGCAGCACAUAACCUACAACCACUGGCUGCCCAAAAUACUCGGUGAAGCAGGCAUGAGGAUGAUGGGCAGCUACCGCGGCUACGACCCCAACGUCAAUGCGGGGAUCUUUAAUGCAUUCGCCACCGCCGCUUUCCGCUUUGGCCACACCCUCAUCAAUCCCAUUUUAUAUCGAUUAGAUGAAAACUUCCAGCCCAUCCAGCAGGGACACAUCGCUCUGCACAAGGCUUUCUUCUCUCCCUUCCGCAUUGUGAACGAGGGGGGCAUCGACCCGCUGCUGCGUGGGCUGUUCGGAGUGGCGGGAAAGAUGCGAGUGACCACACAGAUGCUGAACACAGACCUGACGGAGCGCCUCUUCUCCAUGGCCCACGCUGUGGCACUGGACCUCGCUGCCAUGAACAUCCAAAGAGGGCGUGAUCAUGGCAUCCCUCCCUAUAACGACUACAGAGUCUUCUGCAAUCUCACAUCCGCGCAGACGUUUGAUGACCUGAGGAAUGAAAUUCGCAGCCCCACUGUUCGCGAGAAGCUUCAGAGGCUCUAUGGCACUCCGCUGAACGUUGAUCUGUUCCCUGCUUUGAUGGCGGAGGAUCUUGUUCCUGGAAGCAGACUGGGGCCGACCCUCAUGUGUCUGCUGGCCACGCAAUUUAAGCGGGUGCGAGACGGUGACAGGUUUUGGUACGAGAACCCCGGAGUGUUCAGUCCGGCUCAGUUGACUCAGCUGAAGCAGGCGUCUCUUACCCGCGUGCUGUGUGACAACGGCGACAACAUCACCCGCGUUCAGCCGGACGUCUUCACCGUGGCGGAGUUUCCACACGGGUAUGGGAGCUGUGAGGACGUGCCCAAGAUCGACCUGCGGAUGUGGCAGGACUGCUGUGAAGACUGUCGCACCAAAGGUCAGUUCAACGCCCUGUCCUACCACUUCAGAGGUCGCAGGUCAGUGGAUCAGAGCUACGCAGAGGAGAAUCCGUCUAGACAGCUGCAGGAUGAUCACAGCCAUAUUGAUGAUAAAACUGUUGGAAAUGAGACGCUUUCCUCCAAGUCAAACACUGAACCUCCAGUAAACGACUUCCAGGACUUUGUAGUGGACAUGCAGAAGACUAUCACUAGUUUACGGAAGCAGAUUAAGAGACUAGAAGCCCGUCUGAGUAAGACAGACUGCACUGAUGAGGAAGGGAAACAGCGGGGGAACAGAGACGCCUGGAAGAAAGAUUCCUGCACCACAUGCGAGUGCAGAGAUGGCCAGGUGACGUGUUUUGUGGAGAAGUGUCCCCCACCAUCAUGUCCGAAGCCUGAGACACUGAAAGGUGUGUGCUGUCCUGUAUGCCUCGAAGCGCCAUUGAAGGAGAAGCAGGCUGAAGAACAUCACGUAUAACCUCAGGAACACCAAAGCAUUCGAAGAAGAGACUUAACCGAUGCGGCCUGCCGCAUUACAUGCCUCAGUGUUUUUUUUUUUGGUUGUUUGUUUGUUUUAUCCCCACAGGCAUCAGCUUCCAUGUUGCUUCUUUAUACACGUUUAAAGUAACAGAUGAAUCAAUGGAUGAACAUUUGAAUUACUAGAGGAUGCUUUGUUUCCCCUCUUCUUCCAAGUCCUGACCGAAGGAACCAGAGGCUUUUAGAGACCACAGGGUGUGUUGGUCUGACCCUUCCUGUCCCGCUCGUGCACUGAUGAGAAACGGUUGUAUCACAGAUCGAGCUUGAAACAAUCAGAUUUCAGCCAUGUUGUCUCUGAAAAGCGUUCUCAGGUUAGAGAUGCCAAAUGGUGCUACUUCUCCAACAUUAGUACAUGAUAGUGUAUGAAACCUUAAAGGUAUCUUUGUACUUUUUUUUUUUUGGUUUGUUUUUACACGGUAUACAAAUGCUAUGCACAUUCAAAUAUGUGCCUUUCAAUGGUGUUCCUGGUUUUUUAAUUAUGCAAAAGACAUUUUAUAGGAAAAAAUACUAGUUACUCCAGCUUUUACUAAAAUUGUAUGGUGCUUUCUUAUUUCUUAUCAUUUAUUGAGUAUAUAACUUUACCCAUGCAUCUACCUUUGUAUCAACCGCUUGUAUAUGAAGAUAAUGUGAAUAUAUUGAAAAAUAUAUUUGUAAUUGAAGAGAGUCUACUGAUCACCAAAUGUUUGCAUCCAGUAGCGACUGGUUUAACAUCUGGUGCUUUUCAUAUUUGCUUGUCUUUCCCUGAUUCUAGACAUUUCACAGGGCUAAAGUGCAGUAGCUGAGGUAAACUACACGGGGAACAUCAGGAUCUCAGUGUUAGUUUUGUCUGUAGACGUGUUCCUCACCAGUGCAGUAUUCCCAGCCGUUGCUCAAACGUGGUCGCCUUCCAGCGAGUCCCUUCUCUGUUUAAGCGGGCUCAGGUCAGUGUUGGAGAAGGACACCGCCUCGUUAGGGUGUGACACAGAGUGUUUUCCUCGAUACAGUUUUGUUUGUUAGUUCCUAGGAGGUUAGGUUUCACGGUGCUGUUGCAUCCAACUUUAGGCGGAUAGAAGAAGAGUCCGCUCCAUUUCACUGCAGUCCUUGUGAUUUUAAUUUGUUUUGCCCUUUGUUUUGUUAAUUUUAUUUGUACAUGUAGUGGGUUGUUAGACUGUAGAGACCUGAUUGACGUGUAGAUCAGCGCUCUGUCAGUUUUCCACCUCUCUAUUUAUCCACCCAAAUCGAGCCUUCUCUAAGGCAUAACUUGUGACUUCCUGUCUUAGUUUAUUUCCCUGUCCUCGGUUAGCGUGUGGACGGUCGGAGCGUUCUGCUGCAUGUUUGUCUCUGGAUUUAGGAGAAGGCACGUGAACGGGACUGAUGUAAUGUUAGAGAAAGUGGCAUUCUAACCUGCGUUUUGCUCAAAUUAAAGCCAUAUGGAGUAGAAGUGAGGCAGUGUUUCAUGUGGAACGAGAAUAAUCCUGCGAAAGGAACGAGAACCCCAAAUUUACCAACAGGCACAUGAACAGUUCACACUCACAGGGUAUCUCUUGGUCUCUGCUCGGCCAACUUGUGGUAUAUUUAGCAGGUAAUAGGAUUUGGAAUGUUUAGUUAGUUUCUAAUGAAUAGGCACAUUUUAAUAUUAAUUUGUGUUUGUAAUUGUGUAUUUACUUUUUUUCUAUUUUUUUAUUUUGCCUCCCUGCAACUUGGCGAAGAGAGUUUGCUGUUCGUCCUCAGUGUUCUCGGCGUCCCCAUGCUCCAGACUAGAUGUCAGUGCUCAUACAACACCUUUGACCCCGACUCUGACCUCUGCCCUGAACUGCCCAUUUGCAAUGCAAUGCACUGCCCUGCAAGACUGAACAAACUGAACCCAGGGCUCAGAAUGAUUUCCUAAAAUUUGGUAUUAUAUUUCUGCCAAAGAUUGUUUGCACUGUAUUGUAUGCCUCUCAAUAAUAAUAAAAAGAACACAUUUGACAUAUAA